UUCAAAUCAACUGUCAUCUUACUGUCAGUGAAGUUUGUUUAGGAAGUUUUUCGUUACGCGCCUUUUGUUUUACUUGCAUCAAUAAUAUUAAUUUAUGUAUUAAAAGCGCAGCAAAUAUUACAAUGGAGGGUGGAGAUUCGUUUUUAAGUUGUGCGGUGACUCUGGAAUGGAUUACUCAAGGUUCUGUGACAAGGAAAGUAAGCUAUAAAACUGCUUCACUUCGAUUGAUACGAAAUGAAUUUCGUGAAAUGUUUAUGGAAAUUACAAGUGAGAAACAUGCAGCUAUCAGACUAGCAUUGAAAGGAAUAAACGUGUUCAAAAAAUUCAUGGCAGAAGGCAAGGCUAGCGUUAAAUUUCAAGAUGCUGGUUGCACUUUGUUCAUAUCGAAUGCACCGCCAACUAACCUCGUGGGCUUUUUGAGAACAAUAUUUAUUAAAAUGACUGGAGAUAAAGAAAAAGGUGCCAACACGACACCUUCAAAACAAACUAUGAGGUCUAAGCUAUUGAGUGGGAAAGCUCAAGCUUUUGAAGAAAUAAGUCCAAUCACAGUAGCUGACGUUAAUAAUGCUAAGAAAAACAUUCCUAAGUCUACUCUGACAACUCCUUCUCCUCCUUCAAAGAAGCGUAAAAUGGAGGACGGAGCUCGCGGCCCUGCUCCUAAGAAGUUAUACUCCCCAUCACCACUGACCACUACAAGUUCAUUGAAUCCGGAGCAGCAGAGAGUGUUGGAGGCCUGCCUCGGAGGGAAAAACAUAUUUUUUACUGGAUCUGCAGGGACAGGCAAGAGUUUUCUCCUGAAGAGAAUUGUGGCAGCCUUACCACCAGAUGUCACUGUACCUACUGCUUCAACUGGUGUAGCUGCUUGCCAUGUUGGUGGUACAACUCUCCAUGCGUUUGCUGGAAUCGGAGAUGGCAGCGGCACCUUAGAACAUCUCUGUGAGAAAGCCAUGAAGUUACCGUUAGUGGCACAGAAGUGGAGGAAAUGUAAACAUCUCAUUAUAGAUGAAAUAUCCAUGGUGGAUGGAGGGUUUUUUGAGAAAUUGGAAGCAGUAGCAAGACAUGUUAGGAAAAAUGACAAACCCUUUGGUGGAAUACAACUUAUACUGUGUGGUGAUUUUCUGCAGUUACCUCCUGUUGUCGAUAAAGCCAAGACAGGCAAAAGAUUUUGCUUCCAGUCGCCCUGCUGGGAUAAAUGUAUAGAACUUUGUUUUGAACUGAAGCAAGUUCAUAGACAAAAAGAUUCUGAAUUUAUUUCCAUUCUGAACAGUAUUAGGAUUGGUAGAGUUACCAAAGAAAUUAGUGACCGCCUUACUGGAACAUCAAGACAGAAAAUUGAGAGUGAUGGCAUUUUGGCAACAAGGUUGUGUUCUCAUACUAAUGACUCCAAAAUGAUAAAUGAAUCCAAAUUGAAUGAUUUAGAUGGUGAAGAAAAACUCUUCUCUUCACAAGACAGUGAUAAUGCUACAAAACAACUUGACAUGCAGACUAUUGCUCCUGCAAAACUUCUGCUAAAAAUAGGAGCUCAAGUGAUGCUGCUAAAAAAUAUUAAUGUAAAUGCAGGCUUAGUAAACGGGGCUAGAGGGGUAGUCGUGAGAUUUGAGGAAGGCUUCCCUGUCGUAAGAUUUAAAAAUAAAAAAGAGUAUACAGCAAGAACUGAACGCUGGUUUGUAAAAAACUCCAAUGGAACUUUGCUUUGUCGCAGACAAGUGCCUUUGAAUCUGGCUUGGGCAUUUUCUAUACACAAAUCUCAGGGUUUGACAUUAGAUUGUGUGGAAAUGUCAUUGUCCAAAAUAUUCGAGGCUGGCCAAGCCUAUGUAGCCUUAAGCAGAGCCCAAAGUCUAGAUACUCUCAGGGUUCUAGACUUUGAUUCGCGUCACGUGUGGGCUGACCCAAACGUUUUAGAAUUCUACCAAAGGUUUAGGCGACGUUUGCAACAAAUGGAAAUAAUUCCCCUUGGAAGACCACUGACUGAUAAGACAAAUAAGAAAUUAAAAUUAAGAGAAAUUUUGGAAAAACAAUUGAGGCGUAAAUAAUAAGUAAAUACAAAGUAGCGAAAUGUUUAUUUAUUGUCAAUACUUAUAAUUAAUUUAAUAAAUAAUCAUGAUCCUCUUACAAAUGAGACUGAAUGUAUUCAA